AUGGACUUCAUGAUCAAAUACUUUCCAGACAAAUAUCUAGUGUUCGGCAUGAUCGCUACCUUUUAUUCCUCUUCUUCGAGACCGGCGAACUACGACAUGUUUUCGAAAAGCAAAGACACACCGAUGUCGGUGCCUCCACCUCCUCGCACGAAGCACAUUGCUAUGGACAAGAUAUUUCCUCAAAGUAUUGAGGAUUUGAAGCUCAAAGGGCCCACACCGCAUUCCGCACGCCCCCCUCCGCAACUGAGAAGUCGCUUCUCAGUCGAUACCAUACGCGAAGAACAAGUCAUGAGGAUGGUCCCCACGCGUGUCGACAAGCCAUUACCUCCAACGCCUCCAUCUGCUGUAUGCAGCCACUUCUCUACUGACACCCACGAUGAGCUUUUGCGAAAGCGCGCUCUACGCAAGUUUCCCUCGGUGGACCUCAAGCAGAAAUUUGGCAUGCUCAAUGAAUGCAUCACGGGCCCUCGACAGCAAAAAGCGACGCCCGAGUAUCAGGAUGUACGACUUUGCGCAGAGCCGUACUAUAUAGCAAGCAACGAUGUUGCGAAUAAGAUCGGGAAAGACGCAUUGCUGUAUGACCCCAAUGAAAGAACACAAGCGGAAGCAGAAGUAAAGGCAAAAGCACAUCAGGACGCAGCUGCGAUACAAUCGAAGGCGAGAGAAGCAUUGGAGACAGAAAUGGGUUGGAUGGCUGAGGGGGUUCUCAAGCCCGACCCGGCAAUCAAACAUACACUAUGGCCCGAGCAGCCGCCCACGACGAAAAAGAAGAAGCAGGUACGAUGGAAUAACAUACCCAAUGCAUGGCAUCCUCCAAAGGAUGGCCCACGAGUGACGCCGAAAAGCGGAGAGGCCACGCCUGCUCCGAUCGAUCUGGCACCGCCACGGACGUCUUCUAGAGAUACAACGUCAUCGAUGCAGUCAGAAGCGACUACGAAGCUGGUUGACAUACCGGACGACCUUGAACACACAGAUACCGUCGAGCAGGUUCAACGUGCUAGUAUUCUAUCAAGGACUGCGUCGCGAAUCAAAGCCAUGAGUCUCUUCCACUGGAGAGACUUAGGAGACACACUCGUGGCGAUCUUGGAUCAGGACAUCCCGGCUGUAGAGUUCGAUGUUAUAACACCGACAAACGACGAGCAUGCACAACAAGGAGCGGAGCCGCACUCCGCAUCGUUCGUUAAAAAUAGCGAUUUUGCCCGUGAGCUCAAAGCACGUGUGGCGCUCGCACUCAAAGAGCCCAGCGCCAAGACAAGAGCAUCGGCAGCAGCCGAUUCUAACGCAUCUGCAGACCAGCAGGACGAGGAGGAAGAGCUGCUUCAAUCUUCAGACGAGAUUGUUAUCGAAAGAAGCAAGAUGUCCUACUUCGCAAGAAGCGAGUUCGCCCGUCGUGUCGCAGCUGGGGUUCAACCAAGCGGGAAUUGGAAACGUCCCACAAUUUGCGAACUUACCGAUGAGACGAAGAAGGCUGCGAAAGAUACCGAGGAUAUGUCGGGCUCCGUAUUCAUGGACAAAUUCCUCGCUGAUUUAGGUACACCCUCUCAAGAGGCUUCACCUAAGGCCCACGAACAGUGUCCGCUUUCCAACGCAUACGAAUUCGCUCACAGCCUCAAACGAGUGCAGACAGGCAGUACGUUGGUCUCGCCACCUUCAUCCGCGGCUGUCUCGGUCAUCGCUUGUACCCCUCCGGUUGUGACACCAGAGCAGGAAGAGUUCGAGAAGGAAAGGCUGCGGCUAUUUCUAGCUCUCAAUCUCGCUCGCGAGCAGAAAGAUGUCAUCAAGGCCAGAACCACCGAAGAGUUGGAACAAGCUCGCAAGGAACACCGCAGGCUCUCGGAGGACAUUCGAAUGGAGAAAUUGAAGUUUGACAAGGAUCUGGAUGCUGAUGCUCAAAUCGCGGCCAAUGGACAGGACCUGAUUGCCGCGGCUGCCCGUGCGAAAAUGGAGUACGGUCACGCAACAGCUGGGCAAGAGAAGCUGGCUGCUAAUUUGGCACGACGCCAGCUUCACACGGUUCAAGCCGUGACGUUUGCGCGGACCAUUGAGGAGACUGGUCAUGUUCAAAUCACAGGGCCGGCGGGCUAUGGCGCCAUAGCAACGGGCAUUCUCUGGGCGGAGGGAGGCCAUCAUCUGCAUGCGAAGCGCAAACCAGGCAUGCGUCCUCCUGAAGACUCCAAACAACCCAGCAACGAAGACUUUUGCAAUUGCCCCACCCACGCAAUCUGGUCCGUCAUCACCGACGGCUCCUACCGCUACGUCGGCAUCGCAAGAAGUCGUCUCGAAAAACAAUGGAUCGUCCACCUCGCCCAGCAAAAACCAAGCGAAGAAAAAGUCUCCCGACACGAAGCCGCCAGGCGAGUUGGGAAACCUUUGCCAAUGAAUGAUCCGACGCAGCUGAUGGCAGCCGAGUAUCGUUCCGAAUGUUUGGAUGAGGUGGAUGAAGAAGAUGAUGAUGAUGAUCAAGAAGUGUAUAUUACUCUACAGACUAUGGUGGACCAUCUCCGUCGACAGCAGAGUAUCCCGCGGAAACCUCUGCCCUGUUCAUCUCCGAGCGAUUCUGGGGACACAUUUUCGAGACCGACCACGGGUGAUUCCGAGGGGACGUUUUCCAGUCGUCGGACUUGUGAUUCGGUCGCUGCGGGCGGAAUCUGUAGUAAGAGGAUUUCACUUGCAGCUCUCGAGGGCGGCGACUUCUUUUGA